AGCACCACCAGGGGGAAGGGAGCCGUUUUAUCGGAAGCGAACGGCUCAACGUGUAGUACUACUGGUCCUACAGCCAGCACACGAGGAGGAGAAGGAGCAGAACAUCAAAACCAUUUCACCUCCGAGGAAAAAAUAUCCAUUGCAAAUAUGUCUGGGUCAGGGUCUGGAAGAAUGCCAGACUUGUCAUGCUGGUUUUCCGUGACCCAUGAGGCCUGAUAUGUAGGACAUAGCAUGACAGAUUCUGUGCGAGUUCUAUCAUGUCUAUCCUGCAUGAGAAACUGCCUCGCGAUUAUGCCAAAAGUGGACAGCUUUUGGCACUCAUGCAACACAGAUUUUUACAUGAUCCGGAUUUAGCAUGACAAGUUGCUUUGUUCCAGACCCAGACAUAUUUGCAUUUCAUAAAAAACCGACCUUGUCGACUGGCUUUUGUUCGAGCUGAAACGAAACUUCCAUAGCCUGACUAUGCAAUACAAAUUUCCCGUACAUGUACAAAUUCUUGCAUCGCAAAUUUCACCGAGUUGCAAUUUCUUCGGAGUGUAAAACCUGUCAUGCCGAACUAGGAUCGAAGCCAAGUUUUGUUAUGCAGAGACCGCAUUUGUACGUCUACGUGUACGGGAAAUUUCCUAUGGAUACUGACGCCGUUCCAGCACCACCAAUUGCUCAAAGAUUUGCUGUUACUUUUCCGCGCAGAAACUGGUCCGGAGGGAGUGAGAAGAAAAGCGACUUUGCUGCCGCUUUAUACAGACUUGCUGCACUAUUUUGUGAAACAGAGCGAGG